AUGAGCUACGACUACGACCCUCCGCGCCGGCAGCGAAGCACCCGGGAGCACUAUCGCGAGGAGAGGUAUGCUGAGCCUCAAGAUCCCUACUUGAGGGUCCAGUCCACUCGCGACCUCGUGCCGAGGGGACGAGAAGACAGCGAUCUGUCGGUAGAGGAAAUCCGCAGGGACUUUCCUCCGCCCGGCUACGCUCGUGGCGAUAUCCGGAGGGCUCGGUCGGCAGAGCCCUAUGAUUAUGACGAUGAUGCGCGCUCCGCCUACACCCGCAGGAGCCGCGAUGACUACUAUGACCGCGACUACGAUCGCCGCCGGCGCCAGAAGGCCGAGAGCGUCUACAUCGAGGAGGAGGAGAUGAAGCGCAAACGUAUCCUGAGCCAGCAGGAGAAAAUCAUUGCUGCCGUCGCCGGAGCUGCCGUCGCCCUUGGAGGCAAGGAAGUUUAUGACCGCCGCGAGGCCGACCAGGAAGGCGGAGACGUCCAUCGCAACUUGAUGUCCUCAGCAGCUCUGGGCGCCGCCGGUGCCUUCGCCGCCUACCAGGGCGCCGAGUUCUACAACAAGCGCGCCGACAAGAACGAGAAGAAGUCCACCCACAUCGUCCACAAGGGCCGCGAUGGCAGAGUUACCGAAUACUACUCUGACGAUGAGGACGAGAAGCACAAGAAGGGUCACAAGAACUUCCUCGAGGCCGCCCUCGGAGCUGCCGGCCUUGGCACAGCACUCAAGGCUCUCACCGGCGGUGGCGGCCACGACGAGAAGCAUGGCGACCGGGACAGAGAUAGGGACAGGGACAGGGACAGGGACAGGGACUCCAGGUCUGACACCAGGAGCCGCCGUGGAAGCCGUGAAAGAUCGCAAUCCAAGGGCGGGCCUGGCGGUAAGAUCCAGAAGGCCGCCAUGGCCUCGCUCAUCGCCGGUGCCACCGAGGCGUUCCGGGUGUCCAAGGAGCCGGGCGCUUGGAAGGGCGAGAAGGCCAAACGAGUUCUCACCGCCGCUGCCGGUGCCGCGACCAUUGAUGCCGCGCAAAAGCCCGGAAAGGACGGUAGCAAGCUUGGCCUGGCCGAAUCCGUCAUCGGUGGUCUCAUUGGCAACCGCAUGAUCAACGGAUCCAAGCGAGACAUCAUCGAGGACAAGAGCACAGGGCGAAGCCGGUCACGCUCUCGUGCCAGGUCCGAAAGCAGCAAGGGAGGCGGCGGCGGCGGUAUGGGUCUCGCUGCACUGGCCACUGCUGGUCUGGGCGCCAUUGGUGCUAAGAAGGCUGUUGACAAUAUCCGUGACGAUCGCUCACGUUCCCGUCGCCGGGACGACUCUCGUGACUCUUACGACAGCCGAGAUGGGUCUCCCAGGCCGCGUGCGCGCAGCCGUAGCCGCAGCGUCGUCGACAAGGCCCGCAAAGGCUUGGCGAGGAUUGGUCUGGGCAAGGGAGAGGACGAUAGCGAAUACGGCUCCCCACGUGGCUCGCGCCGAGGGGGCCGCUACGAUGACGAUUAUGAUUCUCGGGAUGGCCGGUACCGCGAUGACUAUGAUGAUGACCGGUCCUACCGGGCUCGCAGCCGGUCAAGAGGAGCGCCGUCCCGAAGCCGGGCGUCCUCUCGGGGGUCAGUAUCCAGCUCGGAUCUGGGAGAUUCGGACGAGGACGAGAAGAGGGCAAAGAAGAUGCGAGGUAAGCAAAUCAUCACCACUGGCCUGGCAGCCGUGGCCACCAUUCAUGCAGCGCACAACGUGUACCAGAGCAUGGAGAAGCGGAAUGCUCGGCACAAGGCGGUCAAGGAGGGUCGUCUCAGCCCGGAGGAAGCCCGUAAACUCAAGUCAAAGGCGCUGCUGCAAGACGCCGCGUCGGUUGGCAUUGCCGCGUUGGGCAUCAAGGGAGCCGUCUCCGAGCUCAAGGAAGCCCGGGAGAUGAGCCACGAGGUGACGGAGUGGAAGCACCAGAAAGAAGAGCGGCACCAACGCCGGAUGAACCGCCUCGCGCGCCAGCAGCAGAAGCGGCUCGCAUACUCGAGCGACGACGACUAUGACAACUCCGACGACGGUGCCACACAGUACAGCAGAAGAUCCAGGGCUGACAGAUAUGCUUCGUCAGUUCCUCCGCGGGUCGGCGGCAGGUACGACGACGGGCCCCAUUACUCCGAUGGGAAUCCUUACUCUGCCUUGCCUCCACCGCCUGCUGGCUACAGCAACAGCAGAAGAUGA